AUGUCCGCACAGGGCGAUAGAAGGGCGAAGCUUUUCGGUGUUAAGCAACAACAGGUGGGAGAGGAUAAUGUUGGCAGUGAUGACGAAUUUGAAAAGUCCAAAGUUGAAUCGGAAAUUCGGAAGACCCGUAAUCAAACGAAAGCUUCCUUACAGCGUACAAAGCGUGUGCUGGAGGAGACCAAGGAGAUCGGCUCUAAGACAGCAACAACGAUGGAAACUCAGACGAAACAGAUGCAACGUAUAAGAGGCGAUGCAGCUGACGUUGAAGACUAUUUACAGAAAAGUCGAGGCGUUGUUGACGACAUGAACCGAAAUUGGGUCUCUCGUCUCCUUUUCUACAAUCGUAAAGAUAAUAAGCCGCCUCCAGUGGAGUGGAACAAUAGAAAUGAGGAGGAGCUCGGAGCGGCUAAGGCGAUGAUCGACAAGCAGAAGAGGAUCAAUAGGAAGAAGAAGGCAUUGGCCUCGAAACGCCGCGCUGAGGAGAAGGCGAAAAACAGACCGUGGUGGCUGGGCGGAAAGAAAAACAAAAAACCGAAACAACCUGAGUAUUCUGAUGAUAGUUCUUCACUGGCUGACGAUCUGGAUGCCUUGUCUUUGGGAGACGACGUCCAGUCGCAGAGACAGGAUGAGCUCGCCACUGAUCUCCAGGGACAGAUCGAACGUAAUAACAGGAUGGUCGGAGAGAACAAGGACCAGCUCCGACGGGUUAAUCGUCGGGUGAAGCGUUUACAGCAAGAGCAGGAGAAGGAGGAUGGCUUCCUAAACGCCAACGACAAGCUGGCCAUACAGGGUCUGACACAGUCUUUCAAGACCAAGAUGAAUGGUUGA